AUACAAUGUGCAUAAUCAGAUGACCUCAUCGGUGUCGUUUUGUGCCGAAACUUGACGAAUGUUACUUUCUUGAGAAGCCCCGGCGUGAAUACGACGUGUUUUUAAGCAUGGCGGCUGCUUGGAUUACGGCUGUUAUUGUGACGGUAAUAUGGGCUUUUGUAGGCAUUGUUCUUCCGCUCGUUGUUCCACGGAAAAGACCAGAUAGAGGAAUCAUUCAGUUGAUGUUAGCACUUACUGCUGUCUGCUGUUAUUUGUUUUGGCUGUGCACGUUCCUGAUGCAACUCAACCCUCUGUUUGGACCCCAGUUGAAGUCAGAAAUCAUCAAAGCCCUCUACUGGGAGUGGGACGAUGCUGAAAUUCCUGAAUGAGAAUGCCAUCGUAAAGCCCCCUCACAACACAGGUCCUUCCAUUGUCAACAUUGAACCACCAUGAAAUGAUACACCCUUAGCCAUACAUUGAGAGAGUCAAGACCAGUCAGCCAUGGUUUGUCCAUCUGGAGUUUUCGUGCGUCUUUUCAUCUUUGCAGGGACUGAGAUAUUUUUCAAUGCAGAGUGUGGGAUGCAUCUUGUCACUACUCUGUGUAGACCUGAUUGAGCUUUGUAAUUUCUUACCCCAGCAGCAUAUCCAGUUGGUUCAAAGGCAGCGAUGUUUCCCUCAAAAUGGUGUAAAAAAAUUGCUCGGGGGGGGGGGUUGACAUACAAAUUAAAUAGAUUUUGGAAAUUUUGAUAUUGGCCAAUCAAAGAAUUUAGCCUUACCCCUCAGAAAGGCUACAAAAAGUUACAUAAAGAGUCCCCAAAGUUGUUACCACCUUCCCCCCAAAAAGGUUGGUUCUGUAUCUGUUAUUGUUCAAACCAGGGUCAGUUCCACAAUAGGAGAAGGGGGACCAGAUCUAAUACAAAUCUAAUACAAUCAUUCAAUCAUUGUUAAGCAGCGUUCGCGCCGUUCAGUAAAGCAUGAAACUUUGGUUGCCAUUGGGAUUUUCCAUUCAAGUCAGAUUUACAUCGUGAUGGCAGUAAUUUCCACCUCAUUCCUCCCUUGUGUAUUAAAGUUAACGAUCUCAUUAAUCCUUUCAUGUUAUCCAAGAUAUCACUACUAUAAACCCAAGAUAUUAUAAACAAGCAUGGCCCAUACUGAGGUUAUUUCUGACAAUUCCUUAUAUUGUGAAGAGAACUGUUGAAAUCAUUUUCAUUUGAACCAUUCAGUCAGUGGAAGUGUAAUAAAAUUACCUCAGUUUUGGUCAGAAGAAGGUAAUCUCGUAAAGUUCCAGGCAUUGUGGGAAACAAAUUAUUAUUUAUGAACAUUGUUUGUCAUUUUGGCCAAUUUAUAAUCUAUUAUUGAAUGUUGAAAUUAAAAUUUGUUGUACGUUCCAACUUAGGGGUGUGAAAGGAAGUUAUAUACUUGUACAUGUAUCUAGCUGUUUAAACUUUUAAGAAGGCACGGUCGUUGAUUUUUGUGUGUGUGAGAGAAAAACUCCACCUGUUUAUUUUUGUCGACUGGCUGUGUCAUGAUGGGACAGGCUUUGUAGAAAGGUCACUGUUCCAGAAAUGUAAUUGAACCGAAAUCUGAAGCACGUGUUCAAUAAUCCUUUACACGCCGUCGCAUCUCCUACAGUCCUCCCUGUUCAGUCUGCCAUCUUUGAUGUCUGCAAAUCAUGUCCAGAUUUGGCGCCUUGUGGCUCGACUUUUCUGUUCUUGCCAUAAGCAAGCCUCACUAGUUAGCCAUAGCCGAAAGACACCAGUGCCCAUUGAAACCGAUCAAAAAAAAAAAAAAGAAGGUGUAUGGAAAUUGCAUGACGUCGGUGCAAACGAGUUUUCUGGACCAGGUCACUGGCCCUAUCUCUUUAGAUAGGCCAGAUGCCCCUUGUUUCUCAUUCUUUUUGUGAGGCAAUAGUGUCGGUAAAAUCAGGUGGUAAAUAGGUUGGAAAAGUGAAUCAGUUGACCUAUGUGUGUAAAAGUCACAAAUACUGUAGUUUAUAGAAGUCAAAUUGGAAAUGGAAGAAAUUGUAUUGUGCAUCUUGUAAUUUAUGCUCCUUUUUUUAAAAGUUUGAAUAAAUUGAACGCAUUCCAAUCUGGCAACUCUUGAGUUUUAGUGGGAGAACAACCCUACAAUUCAAGAUGGCUGCCAUAGACAGUACAUAAUUAAUUCAUCUCGGUUCUUCGUAGCCCUGAUUGGAAAACAAUUUUAUGGUUGCGUUUUUUAUCUUCAUGAUUUUUCCAGUACAAUUGAAGGUUUAUGCACUGAUUGACGUGGGUCCUGUGUAAUUGUAACCCCCCCUUGUAUGAUAAUGUUGAUAUUGAGCGUUACAUGUAGCAUAAAUAAAUGGAAAAAUGUUUCUUGAGGAAAUUGUA